UGCACCGGGAGAGAAACCGCUGCUCGGAGAUCCGAGCCGCAAUCCAGCCAGGCCGGAAGCCCCGGUCGCACUGCUUCCAUAGAGUGAACCAGCAGGCUACUGCACAGCCUCAGAUGGAAAUAGUCUACUGUAGGAUUACACUCUAGCCACAUGGUUUAUUUCAGAUUUUGAUUUAAAUGGGCGUCGCACUUGGCCUUGCACCUUUCCUCCUUGAAUUUUGUGAUUUUAUAAUUUAUGGUUAUGCAAGGAUUUAACAUACCAAAAAGAUGAUCGGGGGCUACGUUUUUGGCUGGAGAAGCCUGCGAUCGACUGAAUGCAACACAUAGAUACGAGGGAAAGGAUUAUUAUAUGGGUUGCAUUUGAUUUUCCUGACCUGCCCUAUCCGGAUUUCGGAUUACUAAACAUUCUUCGGAAUGGAAGGACGGGAUUUCGCUGCUCCGGCGCACCUCCUUUCUGAGCGGGGCGCCUUGGUGCACCGAGCCGCCUCUCGGAUCGCUCCCUCGGGCCACAGCUCUGUGCAGCAUGCCGGCCACUUCCCGCCGGGGAAAUACUACCCCUCACACAUACCAAUGGCUCCCCACUCAGGCAGUGGAUUGAUGGGCAAUUCUUCUGCCUCCUUCAUGGGGACCUUUCUGGCCAGUAGUCUGGGUUCCCCUCCUUCCCACCCGUCUCAUCCCUCCCGGCCGCCCUCCUCGCCCUCUUCGCCCUCCUUCCGUGGCGGACCCCACUCGAGCGCCUCGCAAAUCUGGUUUCCCCAUUCGCAUGAAGCAGGUCCAGGGUAUCCUCGAUUCUCAGGGAGUCUGGCCCACACGUUCCUUCCUAUGAGCCACUUGGAUCACCAUGCCAACAGUGGAGUUCUCUAUGGGCAACACCGUUUCUAUGACACACAAAAAGAGAACUUCUACCUUCGAGGUCUCCCAUCCCAGCCACCUCUCAUCUCAGCCAAUCAUAGUCUGCCACCAAUGUCUCGGGCAGGUUCAGGACACACUCAGGGGUCCUGCAGCAGAGACAGAGAUCAAGGGGUAGGCACAGGCAUACAUAAGGGUCUUAAAGAGGGGUCUGUGGAAAGAGGAGUGGUAAAUGUCAAGGACAAGGAGAGAUCCAGUGGGAAACAAGAGGCUAAGGAAAGACAGCAGCAGCAGCAACAACAACAGCAGCACCACGCUCACCAGCCACCCCAGCCAACACACCACCACCAUUCUCACACUCAUCAGCAGCACCCGCACUAUCCUCAGCACCCGCUGCCCCUGGAGGAGGUAAACAGCCGGGCCCUGGAGAGGCAUAAGGCGUCGCUCACGAUGUACAGUAAAGAGCACCCUCAAAGUAUGAGCAAGCCCCUCAGUGCCUGUUUGCACAAUAGCAAGAUGCAAAAUGGAGAUCCAGGAACUGGAGCAGGGGCUAAGGUGUCCAUGUCCAGCUGUGGCGGUGAGGACACAGCCCUUCGGGCUAUGGGUGGUGGGGUGAGCAGCCAGAACAGACAUUUGGGGACUAGUGGCAGUGGCCGCUGCACCAAAGAGGGGGUAAGUGGGGAAAUGAGGAUCAGUGAACAACCUUCAGACUGUUUGGAAAGGGGUCAGGCACCACUUCACCACUCUCUGCCCUACUCCGUACCCCCACCCCUACAUAUGAGUUCUGCUACUGGAGGGGCCCAUCCACAUCCUCAUGCUCACCCCCAUACACAUCCACAUCCAGGGGGCUUCCACUGUCUUCAGCUCCACCCCAGCCACCCACAUCAUUCCCACCAUACACACCACCAUCCAGAGUUUUUCUGCCCACCGCCACCUGCUCCUCUAGCCAACCCUGCCUCGCACGAGAGGGGGCCAGUCAAUGUGGGGCGAGAACCUAAAGUCACAGGGCCUACAUUUGUGCCAUCUGUGGCAGACGUAGGCGAUAAAUCUAAUGGGCCAUUCCAGCUUAAUAACCCUGACUGCCAGGGUGUGGGUAGUGGAGGAGGAGGCAGCAAUGCCAAGGACAAGACAAUAGAAAAGAACGGUGGCGGUGGGCACCACAGUAAUUGGCACAGAAAACAACAACAACAACAACAACAGCAACAGCAGCAGCAGCAGCACCCAUACAGAAAGACAGAGAAGGCUCCAGACUGGAUGCAAUCCCACCAUCAACACCUUCAGUCCUCACAGCUUCCUCCACCUCCCCAGCAACAACCACCACAUUCUCAACAGCAGCAUCAAGUAGUGCGAUCGCGGAGUGCUGAGUGUAUCAACAGUGGUGUGGAAAUGGAUGUGUUCAGACCCUCGCUGCCCCAGGGACCCAAGGCAGGGCACUCGGUCCCUCAUUCUGUAAACACUUCUCCUUAUCGAGACUGUUCCCAUCCAGGACCCCCACCAAACUCUUCCCCACUUGGAAGUAAAAACAUGGGGCAGCACAGUGGAACACAACACAGUGGUCCCGGAGGUAGUUGCUCUUUACAGAGAGACGGCCAAAAGGUAGCCAGGAUUCGCCACCAGCAGCAUGGCCGACCUGGCCCAGAGACACCCACUGAGUUGAACCAGGGGAAUAGUCAGGAGCUUAAAAGAAAGAUGGACAUGUCUCCUUAUGGUUACAGCAACAGCAGUGGGCAGCAGCACCACCACCAGCAGCCCCCAGUGCCACCCUGGAAUAUGAGGCCUCCUCACCACAUGUCGCAACCUGAGGAGGAGCAGAGGAAGUCAUAUAUGGAGUUGGGGAGCACUGGUGGGCAACACUCUCAGCAGCAGCAGCAGCAGCAGCAACAACAGCAGCAGCAACAACAACAGCAGCAGCAGCAGCCGGGAAUAAGCCUUCCUCCUCCACAGCCCCCCACUGCACCUCCCCUCAGCCAGCAACAGCAGCAACCACAGCAGCAACCUGAUCCCCAGGGUCCAACUCAGGGAGAGAGCAGUGCAAUGAAAAGCUUACUAAAGUACAGCAACCAGCAACAACCACUGCUCGUCUCCCAAAAGAAUCCAUUUGGGGGGUUAGGAAAUCUCAAAUCAGGUCCAUCUGGGGGGAGCUGUGCCCUGCAGGGCAACAAACAGACUCUGCCUUCCAGGAAGGGUACGGCUAAUGACAGUGAGCGUCCUGAUUAUAACGGGCGGAGCAGGGACAUGGGGGAGCCAGGUCAUGGAGAAAGUGAGGUGCGGCAGCCGCCAGUAGGAAUAGCGGUGGCGGUGGCCAGACAGAGGGAACCACCUUGUCGUUCAGCUGAAAAUCAUCCGAACAGCCGACAGGGCAGGGUCCAUCCGUCUGUGAAAGGGCAGCCCCGCUCCAUGUAUCUGUCAGAUCCCACCACUGAGGAAGACAGGAAGAGGCUGAGUGAGGAACAAAUAGGUCUCACUUGCUUGGACAGGGAGAGGGAUGCAUAUAUCAGGGAUAACAAAGAGAGGGUGGAAUUUGCAAGGAUCCACCCUUCCAGCAGCUGUCACGGAGACCUUGCCUCUCAUCUCAUGGUCCCGGGCGGGACGUCCCUCCAGUCUGGCCAGUUGGGAGAUCCUGCUGCACAUUCUGCUCACCAUCAUUGGAUGCCAAGAACUGGAAGCCCAUCUCUCUGGAUGACGGGACAUUCUUAUGCAGGUAUAGGUCAUACAACCCUACACCAGAAUCUGCCACCAGCUUUCUCUGCAGCCAUGCCAGGCCCUCUGCAGCCAGUCCUGCCUCUGCCUCAAGACCCUUCUGCCCAACUGGUGGUCUUGCCCUCCGAGCCUCCCACCCAUCCUGCGACCCAUCACCUGGAUGUGAUGGAGCAGCCAGGGCUGUGGCCCCCUGUGUACGGCGCCCGGGGCCCACCCUCCCACAUGCAACAUCCUGCUGUGUACUCCCGAUCCCAGUUUCUACGGCAACAGGAGCUGUACGCUCUCCAGCAGCAUCAACAGCUUCAGCAUCAGCAGCAGAGUCACCAGUCGCAGCAAUCACAACUGCAGUCUCAACCUCAGCAGCAGCAGCAGCCACAGCAGCACAGAGCUGCACAUGCCAUGAACAUGCAGCACCAACCCGCUCACAAUGCACAGAUACAGAAGAGAGCAGACGAGCCCUCAGUUGAACUGGAAGAACUCAUUUCAGAGCCAAGAACAUCUAAACCUGCCAAAGCUUACUCUUACAACCCACCGCAGAGGAACACCUCACCCCCUGGGACCUGCACCACUCACCUGUCCCCUUGUUGUCAGUCCCCUUCGCUGCGACAACAUCCCAAAAGCACUCCUUCAACACCCUGCCCCGCUCCUAGCCCUGUUGCAGCAGUACCUCAUUCACCUGCCAUUAGCCCCGCUCCACCUCAAAUGCUAAAGGCUCCUGAAUCCGAAGACAAGACGGGAGAGGGACAGCCACCACAGGAAUACCCAGGGUCUCUGGAGCCUGACUUGCCUCCUGGAUACACAUACCCUGCUAUUGCGAUGGACUACAGGAGCGGACCGUCACCUCAGGGUGUUCAGCUGGCUGAGCCAGCUGACCUGGACGCAGUCCAAGUGGAGCCUGCUGAGCAUGCUCCCCAGUCUCUGGCCAACCUAGGGGAGGAGUUAGACUGUCAAGUGGUAGUCAGACCCCUUCCAGAGCCACUCCCACUCAAGGAAGUGGCGCAUGAAGAGGAGAACAGAGUGGUUGACGGAGUUCUGGAGCAGAGGGAUGAGGUGGAAAUAACAGCCGUGGCAGAAGCUAGCUAUGUCCACAGAGAGGAGGAGCAACCAGAGGAGCAGGGACAAACUGCAGGAGAGGUGCUGGUUUGUCCACCUGUUGAGAGUACUGUGUGUGAGGCUCCUUCAUGCCCAGUCUCCAUUUCAACAGAAGAACCUGACAGGCAAGACGCUGUCAUUACCUUAGAAGAAGAGGAGGAUGAUGAGGUGACGGGUGGGGAGAUUCAGGUGGAGUAUGCUCAAAAGGUCAGCAUGCCUGGAGAGCAAGAGCCAGAGCUCCCCACCAUCAUCGAGCUUGAUCCUGCUUCUCCUGAGUCACAAUCCCCGCCUAAUGAGAGCACAGAGGACAGUGAGCAGCAGCACGACAACAAGAUGACCUCUAAUGAUGCCUCAGUGGAUUCUGUGUGUCUUUCCCCGGCCUCAGCCUCUGCCCCUAGCCCAAGCGAGGAAUCUUUUGCUGUGGCCCCAAAACCUGUUGUGCCCUGCUACUGGAGUCUGGAGCUGCUGAUUGCUGCUGCGUUCUGCACAGAUGUGCCUCCAUUUCCCUUGUUCUCAUAUAGUACACCAUCGGUUGUCCCAUCGCAAUGCAACCCACACCAGGGUAUCGAGCUUCUAAGUGAACUAGCGGAUCUGGAGCUGCAGCAGCAAAAGCGCACUUGUGGAAAAAGCCAGGAGGAGGAACUGCUCAUGUUUGACCUCCAAAGCCUUGCUACCCUGGCCACGGCCCGUGCGCUGGAGCUGGGCUCCGAGGAAAGCAGCAGCGCGAGUUCUGAGCGGCAAUUUCCAGCCCGCAGGAUCCUCAAUUUACGAAGGAAAUGCACCUGGACACCUCGCAAUGAACCAGUGUGCCCAGCCAAAGUUAGCAUGGAAACAAUGGAUGGUCCUGAGCUUGCGAUGCGUGUGAAAUUGGCUGAGUUACAACGUCGCUAUAAAGAGAAGCAGAAGGAGCUUGCCAAACUUCAGAGGAAGCAUGAUCAUCAGAAGGAAGAAACACCUCGCAGCCCAGCACGGCGAGGACCGGGGCGGCCAAGGAAGCGGAAACCCACCCUCACCACAGGUCCAGUGUCCUCAUCCGAGGGCCAAAGAAAAGUCAAAUCGAUGGGGGCAGGGCUUGGUUUGCCUGACGACCUGGGAGGGGGCGGAGAAAGCCAGCGAAGGAAGAAGAGGCUGUCCAGUCGAGGCUUUGAGCGACUCAGCAGCACACAGCAGGUAAAAGCACAGAGCUGCAGAAAAAGCAGUCUUCACAGCAUGCUCAACUCCAAGCUGGCUGGAGAUGUGGUUCAGCUCAAGCAAAAGGCCCAGGUUAAAAAGAAUCUCUCAGGGACAGGCUCGAGGGACAAGGAAAUUUCACUCUGCAGCUCCAACCUUAAGCAUGGACACAGAAGCCAGGGCACAAGCAAAGCAGACUCCAGGCGAGAGUCUGGGGGACAAAGCGAUACAGCAGCCAGUGGGGACAGUGUCCACCAAGAGAGCUGGACCGGACUGGUGCGUUGUGGACGUAAAAAGGGAUCGACCACCCUGAGCCAGCACAGAACAAAGGUUCACCGUGGCCAAAGGCACGAAGCAAUGGAGGAGGAAGAAAGCUCGCCUGCAGAGAGCGACUCCUCUGAUCAAGAAGAUGAAGAAGAGGAAGGCAGUUGUGAUACUGAUGAAGUUCAAGAUUACAAAGUCCAACCCUCUAGAGAUGUCACUUUAAGCUCCUCCAUGAUUGGUCCUAGUCCAUCGUCUGUUGUAAAACUGGAGGCCAACCAGAAAGCCUGGAACAAAAAACAAAGGCAGGAGCUUUAUGGAUCCCAGAGUCUGUCUGGUGCAGAGGGGGAAGUCAAAAUCAGGAAGAAGUCCAACUCUAGGAUGGGCAUGACCACAGCAGUUAAAAAUCACCAAGACCACCAAGAUCGGCAGCCUGAAGUAGCAAGAAAAACAUGUGGGCCCAGGUCUAAGGAACCUCGGUGGGGCAGUCUUGGGACCAGAGGCAACCGCUACAGGAGGAGCAUGGGACUAGCUACCUUCCCCACCACAAGUGAGAGGCUGAAGCGGGCAACCCGCAAGAGCACCAUGUUGAGAGGAGCAAUUAACAAGAGGAGAAGUUGCUGGCCAAUUGGGGGCUCAUCUUUGCAGGGCGAAGAUGGAAGCAGGGGACAAAGGAGCAAAGACCAACAGCCAAAGGGACGAGCAGUGAGUCGUUUGUUGGAGAGCUUCGCCGCUGAUGAGGGUUUUCAGAUGGAUGGUAGCAGCUUCUCAGAGGAAGAGGAGCACAGCAGCCAUUCGCGCAAAAACCCUGAAGUUCCAAACUGUGUCCUGACCAAAGAGCUGUUAACCGAUGGCCUGAAGGUGCUGAUUUCCAAGGAGGAUGAGCUUCUAUAUGCUGCCAGGGUUCACACUCUGGAGCUACCAGACAUCUUUAGUGUUGUUAUUGACGGUGAAAGAGGAAACCGCCCAAGAAUCUACUCAUUGGAGCAACUGCUACAGGAAGCUGUCCUGGAUAUACGUCCAGAGUCGGAGGCUAUGCUCGCUGAAGGAACCAGAGUGUGCGCUUAUUGGAGUGAGCGCUCCCGCUGCUUAUACCCAGGCUAUGUUCGCCGAGGUGGUUCAUCUGAUGAGGGGAAGCAAGGCGGGGUGAUGGUAGAGUUUGAUGAUGGGGAUCGAGGGAAGAUUUCACUCCCCAACAUCCGCCUCCUGCCUCCAGGAUACCAAAUUCACUGUGGAGAGCCAUCUCCUUCCCUAUUGGUUCCCAGUGGUUCAGCAGCCAAGAGAACUUCCAGUCUGGAGCAGGCACCAAUCAGUGAGAGACCUUCAGACAGACUGAGCACUAUUAACACUGUAAACACCACCCAGAGUCUGACAGUUAUUAAAAGAAGACCAGGGAGACCUAAGGGUUCUGGGAAAAAACAAAAGCAGCAGCAAAUUGAGAAUGCCAAUAAAAAUCCCUCGCCUUUCCUGGGCUGGAGCUCAUUGACCAACACCAGAAAGAGGGCGUCUGAUAAUCUCUUUCAGUUCAACGGUGCACCCAAGAGGACCUUGAAAGGAAAGGAGGAUGACCUGUUCUCUAUGACUCAUUCCCAGUCACAGGCUUCCGUCCCAACCAAAGGCCUUUUCAGCAGCAGCUCGUUUGAGGUGGAUUCCUUUAGAAGCAUUGCAAAUGGUUACUCUUCCUUCUGUACCCAGUCUACAGGACCAAGUUCGGCUUUAUCUUUGGGUUCCAGAAGUGGGCUGUAUGGUGAAAAGCGCAAACAAGAUGAACUGGUUAUGCCGAGGAGCAAAAGGUCUGGACAAGAGUUCCUCAUCAAGUUGGAUCAUGAAGGAGUGACAUCCCCCAAGACAAAGAACAGCAAGGCUCUGCUGCUGCGAGGGGCAUCUUCUAGUGUAAGUGGCUUACCCAGGACAGAAGCAUACUCUCAUCCAGUCCUGCUGGUAAAGGAUAACAAGAAGGGAGCCUCCAGAGUAGAACUUCUUCUAAAAGGGACCACACCUCAAAGAAAGCCCUCUACUUCUAUGCGCCUCGGGGAAUAUGGUGACUUGGGCUUCAGCUCUCACAGAGACUGUCACAGCUCCUACUCUGAUCUGGAUGAUGAAGAGGAAGAAGAAGAGGAAGAGAGGAGGGCUGCACUGGCUGCAGCCUCAGGAGGACUAAGGACUGCUGGUCGCUUCCUUUCUCGUCUCUCGGUCUCCUCCUCUUCUUCAGGUUCUUCAAGCUCCUCCUCUUCAGGCUCUCUUUCAAGUUCCAGCCUCUGUUCCUCUGAAAAUGAUUCCUCGUACAGCUCAGAGGAUGAGGAUAGUUCAACACUGAUGCUGCAGAGUUGUCUUUCCUCCCAUCGGGGGCUCCUACAACCAUCAGAACCCUCUACAUCUUCAAGGCCUCGCCAGCAUGCCUUUGUGGCCAAAGCUAUGGCUGUUUCCAGUGCCAAAGGUGCUACCCUUAACCAGGUCUCUCACAGCAAGUCCUUGAAGAGGAAAGAAUGUGCAGGCUCCCUAUCUAAACCAACUAAGGAUUUUGUCAAGAAACCUAGGAUGCUUCCAGAUGAGGCUACAUUUAUUCCAAGGCCCAAGAUGUCCGCAUUCCUUUCAGGAAGACAAAUGUGGAGGUGGUCAGGAAGCCCUACACAGAGGCGAGGACUUAAGGGCAAGGCCAAGAAGCUUUUCUAUAAGGCCAUUGUGCGAGGCAGAGAAACGGUGAAAGUGGGAGAUUGUGCUGUGUUCCUCUCAGCUGGACGACCUAACCUCCCAUAUGUGGGUCAAAUUGAGAACUUCUGGGAAUCAUGGACUUCUAGAAUGGUAGUCAAAGUCAAAUGGUUCUACCACCCUGAAGAGACAAAGUUAGGGAAAAGGCAUCGAGAUGGCAAGCAUGCCCUUUAUCAGUCGUGCCACGAGGAUGAGAAUGAUGUCCAGACAAUCUCUCACAAGUGCCAGGUGGUGAGCAGAGAGGAGUAUGAGUGUCUGACUCGCAAUCAGAAGCCGAACAGUACCUCUCCAGAUCUGUACUACCUGGCUGGGACGUACGAUCCGACCACUGGUCAGUUGGUCACUGCUGAAGGUGUUUCCAUCAUGUGCUGAUCCACUAAGGGGACACACUACUGAAGAACUUCUUCGGAGGAAGAAUAUAACGUCAUGAUUUGUCCUAUUCAACCAUUCAGUCUGGCAGAAUGGCAAAUGUUAUUUGGGUUUGCCUCCAGGACCCACAGACAAGAUGUCAGCACCAAAACUGGACUGACUGACAUUACACACUGGAGUCUGUUGGUGUCUAACAUUUGUGAGGCCGUGAGCAUAGCUGGUUGAUCCAGUCAUUAAGAAUAGCAGAAAGUCUGUGUCUUUCUGAGCAUAGCAAAAUUCAAUAAGUGACAUUUCAACCAUCUAACUAAUCUCUUUUAAAAUGGUCCUUUGACAGCUUCACAACUCCUUUUUAAAAACUCAUGCUUCCAGCUCCUAUCAAAAGGAGAGCUGGAAUUGUAGUUGACUGUAAAAAAAAUAACAUUAGGCUCAAGAGUCAAUGCGGACCAAUUCUUUAAAAGGUAGCCUUACCUGAGGGAAUGGAAACAAAAGUGAGGCACAGGGCUCGACCCAAGCCUCUUCAUUCCAGGGAAGUUGAAAACAUGUAAAGGGUGUAAAGUUGAUGUCUGUAAAUAUUUUUAAAUGUUCCUAAUGAAGCCAUACACUUCAGUACCUCUCACCUGUCUUAACUGUUCAGGUGUAUAUUGUAUAGUUCAAUUAUUGUAUUGUUGUCUGUUGUCUAUAUGUACAUAAAAGCUAUUUUAUAUAGGAGUUUAUUAUGUAUAUAUGAAAUGUAUCUUUCCAUGUUUGCAAUUGAUUUAUUUUUAUAUAUGUGUAGAAUACAUUACAUUGUGUGUGCUUUUUCUUUUUUCGUUUGCUGCAGGAAGUUAAGGUUGAAGAUGUUAGUGUUGCACUGCAUAUGCCCUGCUGAGAGAGACUGAGACAGAGCACAGACAAAUACAGAAGGAUUUAGUCUACAACAGGACAAGACUUCCUUUCUAAGAGAAAGGUGUCAUUCUGUUUAAAAAGAAAAAAAACCCCACAUAGGUCAAGUGGCUUUUUGCGUAAUUGUCUGUUCCUUCACAUUUUCGUUUGGCUAUUUUUUUAUUUAUUUACCUCUCUGAUGGUCAUCAUCACAAAGUCAGAUCAGACUUAACCGCAGCCACGGGUCGAAAGUGAUUUAAGAUGUGAUACGAGCGUACCGUUACGGCGCGACGUUUGUGUGUGAUGAGUGUCCCGACAAUAUAAUCGUGUCCACACAAAUCAAUGUUACACAAUACUGGAUCUUCUAAUGAAAAUGUGUUAAAUGUGCAAUGCACUCAUCAGUGCAUAGUUUAGCAUAAUAUGGCCUACAAAAUACCAAAGUGUCUUUAAUAUCUUAAUUUCCUUUAUUUAAAAAACAAGCACCUGUACUGAACACAGAAAUCACUGGUAACUUAUAGAAUAAUUGUCCUCCACUAUGUGCAAAUUUACUGGCUUUGCAUUGUGACAAUGGUUUCUUGCACACGUACCUGCAGUUUUGGUUAGUACAUAAAUAUGUACCAAAAUGCCACCUGGAGGUGUGACUGUGAAGGUCAAGGUACUGAUAAGGAAAGAAGAUGAGUACUGACAAUUUGUUGAAAUGAGUCCAUUUUUAGUUUCAUUAGCCGUCUGUGUCUAUUUUGUACAGAACACAUACAUCCUUGAUGCUAACUGUGAAGGACAAUCAGAUUCACAAAGCAAUGGACAUAGAGCAGGUUUACUCGAUCUGGAAAUUACUUAUGUUAUUUAAUUUGUGCCAAGUACAUUUUCUCUAUUUUUGUCUUGUUUGAUAUGCAAUCCUGAGUAUUUUUUUGCUCACAAAGUUUUAUUUUGUUUGCCAACAUUUUAUUUAUUGUCAAUGUUGCUGUUCAUGCCAAGAGCGCUUUAUGAGAAUGUGACAUUGUUUUUUUUUCUUGGUGUGAUGUCGCAUUUGCAUUUCUUAAAUAAAACUGGUCUUAUAGAGGCCAUUUAGUGAAAAAAAAAAGAUUAAAAAAUAAAGCAACACUGGAUUCUUCUCAUCCAAAAA